AUGCGGGUUUCAUCCAUUACCGCCCUCCAAAGGCUGACCUCUUUGCGAGCUGCUUCUCCAUUCCUUCAUAACUCUCUUAGGACCGUCAAACCCAAAACUCACAUCCCCUUUUCUCUCACCAAACCCUGCCGGCAGAGAUUUUCUACAAUGAACGCGCAGGAACUUACUCACUACCUCGCUGACGCGCCACCGAGCGUUGUCAGGCUUGAGAUCGAGAAGCACUUUGAACCUCUCACCGACAAGCAGAAGCGUUAUGCUCAUUUCAUCAGCAAAGCCUCAUUUGCUGGUACCCGCAUCGUCCUCAGACAAAUCUCACCAGAGUCAGAGCCCAUCUAUGACUUCAUUCUUGCUCUUCACAAGGCUAGCGGUGGCGACUGGAACGCCCUCGCCAAGAAGGCUGGUGUUGACGACACUCAGUUAACCUACUUCCUUGAGUAUGCCGCUCAGUUCCUUGGAAACAAUGGCAACUACAAGAGCUUCGGUGAUUCCAAGUUCAUUCCCAGAGCUGAUGAGAAAACUUUUGCCGCUCUCGCCGCCACGUCCCCCGAGGCUGAGCGUUUCUACAAGGCCACCAACGGUGGCAUCUUCAGUGCCGAUAAGCCUGGCCUGAUGCACCUUGGCUACCCUGACAAGGGUCACCUGACCACUUACUACCCCGACUCGCCUCACAUCACUCAGGCUGAGAUCGAUGCUGUUUCCGGCUGGAUGGAGAAGAAGGGUCUUCUGCCAGAGAACACCAGACUCCGCAAGACCCAGGACGGCAAAUUCGAGAUGCUCAUUGCCUCGGCUGUGACCAGUGUCCCCGAGCAGGGAGGCGACAUCGGAAAGGAGACUGAGUUCCAGAUUGAGGACGGCCCCCUUAAGGGCAAGACGAUCAAGCUGGUAUAUGGCGACCACGCUGCGGAGAUGAAGGCUGCCGCCGAGUACAUCAAGAGAGCAGGCGAGAACAGCGAUAACGAGACUCAAGUAAAGAUGCACGAGGCCUACGCCAAGUCAUUCACCACUGGCUCUCUGGAGGCAUUCAAGGACAGCCAAAGGUACUGGAUCAGAGACAAGGGCCCUAUGGUAGAAAGCGACCUUGGCUUUGUCGAGACCUACAGGGAUCCCGCUGGUAUCCGUGGCGAAUGGGAAGGCUUUGCCUCUGUUGUCAACCUCGAGCGUACCCGUGCCUUUGGCGAGCUCGUGUCCUCUGCGCCUAAGCUGAUCCCUCUCCUUCCUUGGGGCAAGGAGUUUGAGAAGGACAAGUUCCUCUCUCCCGACUUCACGUCCCUUGAGGUUUUGACUUUUGCCGGCUCGGGCAUUCCUGCUGGAAUCAACAUUCCCAACUACGACGAUAUUCGCCAGACAGAGGGCUUCAAGAACGUUUCCCUUGGCAAUGUUCUCAGUGCCAAGGCACCGAAUGAGAAGAUUCCCUUCAUCUCAGAAGCUGAUCUGGAGCUGUACCAGAAGUACAGGGACCCCGCUUUCGAGGUCCAGGUUGGCCUCCACGAACUGACCGGCCACGGCUGCGGUAAGCUUCUGCAGGAGACGUCUCCUGGAACCUACAACUUCGAUGAGAAGAACCCCCCUGUUAGCCCCUUGACCAACAAGCCCAUUACGACGUGGUACAAGCCCGGCCAGACUUGGGGCUCAGUAUUCGGCAGCAUUGCUGCUUCUUAUGAAGAGUGCCGUGCUGAGCUUGUGGCCAUGUACUUGGGCUGCGAAUUUCCUGUUCUUAAGAUCUUCGGCUUCGGCGAUGGAAGCACGGAUAUCAACAACGAGGCUGGUAACGUCCUGUACGCCGCGUACCUACAAAUGGCCCGCGCUGGUUUGGUAUCCCUGGAGAUGUGGGAUCCUAAGAGCCAGAAAUGGGGUCAGGCACACUCCCAGGCCCGCUACUCCAUUCUCCAGUGCUUCUUGCAAGCUGGCGAUGAUUUCUGCAAGCUUGAGUACAAGAACGACGAUCUGUCUGACUUGGAGAUCAAGCUUGAUCGCUCAAAGAUUCUGACCACUGGCCGUGAGGCUGUUGGUAAGUACCUCCAGAAGCUUCAUGUCUACAAGUCUACCGCCGACGUCGAGAACGGCAUCGCCUUCUACAAGGAUAUGACAAAUGUCGAUAUGGAUUUCUGGGGCACCAAGGUCAGGAACGUUGUCCUGAAGAACAAACAGCCCCGCAAGGUCUUCGUCCAGGCCAAUACGUACCUGGAUGAGGCUACAGGCAAGGUUGACAUUAAGCACUACGAGGCGUCUCCGGCUGGCAUAAUCCAGAGCUGGGCCGACCGUGAGUUGUGA